UAGAGAUUUUUUUUUAAACCCCAUGCCUGCCUAACAUCUCCUCUGGAUGAAACAGCAGGAUGCUUUAACAAACAAAUACUCCUUAGUAGCAGGUGGUCAACCGAAAGCAAAGAGUUAAAUUAGAGGGACCUCCUCCUUCUCGAUGUCAUGACAUCAUUCCGCCAACCCACUUAUAGAUCUAAAAGCCUCCCUCACACUGUUGUUUAGAUUUAGCUGGAGAGAAUUCUCAGGAGCUGCACCACAGGCAGUUAGACCAAGGGUUUGCAAACCACCCUGGAGCAUGAAACUUUAAGAUGCUUAUUUAAAAUUGAGUCUGUCAGUUUUGUCAGUGGAAAUCAUUACUGGGAUCCAAGGAAAUGGCUGUCCAGGCUGCAAUCAUGAACCCGCACUUCAUGCAUUUUUGCUUCCCAGGCUCUGUCAUGGACUAUGAAAUGGACAAAAGUUACGACGGGGCCCUUCUAGCCUUGGGUGAGAUGGAGUGUGAAGGAGACUUCAAGGAGACCACCAGGGAUCUUUUGAGCUUUAUUGACUCUGCUUCAAGCAACAUUAAGCUGGCUCUGGACAAACCGGUGAAGUCCAAAAGGAAGGUCAACCACAGAAAGUACUUGCAGAAGCAAAUCAAGAGGUGCACGGGCAUCAUCGCACCAGGGAAUGCCAGCCAGGAGUCAAUUAAGAGACAAGCUUCGCCCUCGACCAGUUCAACCAACAGCUUCCAGUGCAAACCUCCCCCAAAAAGAGACGGAGCCCAGUCCAAUCUACAGACGAAGAGCCUGGCUGCCCUUUUCGACUCUGCAAAGGAGCUCAGGGGAGAAAAGGGUAAAAAGCUUCCCCUCCGGCAUCGGAACCUGCCUCCUUCUUUUUUCACGGAGCCUGCCAAUAUCUCCAAAGUGACCUCCACCUCGGGCAUGACCCUAAAGGACCUGGAACGAGGUAACCCCGAAGCAGCAGAGUUUUUCGAACUCCUGGGGCCAGAUUACAGCAACAUGGUCUCUGAUCAAGACAUUUUCCAAGGCACGCCUGUUAGAAUCCACCAGGACCUUACUAUGGAGCAUGGCCCAUAUGAUCCUCAUCAUCUGGUAGGGGGGUUUCUGUACACAGAUCCUUGGAGCAUGUGCAGCAGUCUGGGUAAAAAGACAGGAAACUGCAACUUAAAUGACAACAUGAGAGCAGUCCCAGUACCGGUACAGUCCUCACUGUAUUGUAACUCUGAUUCUACCAUGGCAUCGACGCUGGAGGAAAAUGCCCCAAGCUUGCCUGCUUUCCCCCACUUCUUUACAGACUGCUCCCUUCCACCAGUGACAUAUGACUACAGUGGUGGAUAUAACAGAGCUAGCUUUUCUUCUCUCUGAAAGCCUUUUUAUUUCGUUUCUUUCCCACUGCCUGCUGUUCUGAUAGAAUGAAAUGCUGCAGCGCUACAUGGAGUUAUAUUGAGUAACCAUGCAGCAGUCAUUAAAGCCCUGUGUAAGAUGACUACACACUCCUGUUUCAUACAGAGGGCUUCUCAAUAAGACAGACUGUUGGACUGUUCUUUCGUUGGUGUUACUCACACUGAUUGGUUUUGGUUGUGUUACUGUUGGUAAAUUUAUAAACACGUCUGUGCCAUUUAAUCCUGCCAGUACAUAUAUAACUACCACAGAUUAGACGGCUAAAUAUUAUACGAACGAAAAAAUGAAUGGCACACAAGUAUACCCGAUGCACAAUCUGAAAUUCUUCAAAAUGUUUUUUGUAGUGUCACAUGUGCAUCAGAUAUUUUCUUUCACCUGUAUUCAUAAUGUAUAGAUAUUUAAUGUUUGAAAUCGUUUUCUUUAUCAUUUGUUUCAAAUGCUUCAAACAUAUUGCAAAAGGAAAUUGACAUCAGAUCAGCCAACAGACUCCUUUUUCCAAGGGGAGCUGGUGGGGGAGCUGGGGGGGGG